AUGAAUUUUUUACAUAAUUUUGAUCCCGAAACAUCAGCACGCGAAAGAAGAAAAUUGAAUCGCAAAAGUUAUUUUAUGAAUCGGAAUUGUAAAAAGAUUUAUAAUGAAAGAGGACAAAUAGCUGGUACUGGUAAAGAUCUUUGUGACUGUUUAGACGAAACUUGUCCUGGUUGCCAUUUCCCAUGUCCUAAAUGCAAUUCUAAUAAAUGUGGGCAUGAAUGCAGGGCAAACCGGAAAUGGAUGUAUGAGAAAAUUGAAAUUGAGGGCAAUGACUUUGUUAUAAAAAAUGUUUAUAAAAGUAAUAAAUAA